AGAGCUCCUUCCCCGCGCGGCGCUGUGAGAGUCGCGCGCUGCUCAGGGACAGGAUGGCGGCGGGGUGCCGCUUGCGAGGAGCCUGAAUCCGUGCAUUGGGAGAGCAAGAGGCAAAAGUCACACCUAUUUGUGCUGGAGGCUUUUCUGUGGCCAAGGGACAGGGAUGGUGUGAAAAGAGCUCCUCUCUCCUACAACUGAUUGAGACGACGUGGGCGAGCCAUGUCUGCUGAGGCUGGAAACCCCGAAAAGCAACCCCCCGACCCACCCCCGGACCCACGCUGGAAGCUCCUUGUGUUCUACCUCUGUUUCUAUGGCUUCAUGAACCAGAUCAGACCUGGAGAGAGCUUCAUCACACCGUACCUGUUGGGGUCAGAGAAGAACUUCACAAAGGAAGAGGUAACCAAUGAAAUCACACCUGUGCUGUCCUACUCAUACAUGGCUGUCUUGGUGCCCAUCUUCCUGUUGACCGACUACCUGCGGUACAAGCCGGUGCUGGUGCUGCAGAGCCUGAGCCACAUUGCCAUCUGGCUGCUGCUAAUCUUUGGGACCAGCAUCCUUGCCAUGCAGUUCAUGGAAUUCUUCUACGGCAUCACCAUGGCGGCACGGGUGGCCUACUCUUCGUACAUCUUCUCCCUGGUCACCCCUUCGCGCUACCAGCGCAUGGCUAGCUAUUCCCGUACCUCGGUCCUCAUGGGAGUCUUCACCAGUUCCGUGCUGGGGCAGCUCUGUGUCACAGUGGGGGGCACCACCUUCACGACGCUGAAUUACAUCUCCCUGGGGUUCAUGGCCUUUGGGCUGCUGCUGACGCUCUUCCUGGAACGCCCCAAGCGCAGCCUCUUCUUCAACAGGAGUGAGCCUAUGUGCAAUGGCACCUCGCCCUCCGAGCGCGACAAAAUGAACCCUGAGGCCGGGGAUCCAGGGUGGCACAAGGCCCCCACCUGGAAGAACAUGGUCUUUUUCCGGAUGUUAAAGGAGCUGGCGGCAUUUGUACGGCUGCCGCAGUUAAGACUUUGGUCCCUUUGGUGGAUAUUCAAUUCUGCUGGCUACUAUCUAAUACUGUAUUAUGUGCAGAUUUUGUGGAAUGAGAUAUAUCCCACAAGAGACAACAGGAAAAUCUACAACGGAGGCGUGGAGGCGGCUUCAACGCUCCUCGGUGCCAUCACCUCCUUUGCUGCAGGCUACGUGAAGAUCCGUUGGAGACUGUGGUCAGAGCUUGUGAUUGGUGUAGUGACGGCAUUCCAGGCAGGCCUCCUUUUGCUGAUGAACACUACUGCCAACAUCUGGCUCUGCUACGUGGCUUACAUCCUCUUCAGGGGCUCCUACCAGUUCCUUGUGCCUAUAGCCAUUUUCCAGAUUGCAGCUUCCCUGUCCAAAGAGCUCUGUGCCCUGGUGUUUGGAAUCAACACUUUUCUCGCCACAGUUCUCAAGACUGUCAUCACCAUCAUCAUAACAGAUAAGAGCGGUCUGGGUCUCUCAAUCCACCCUCAGUUCUACGUUUACUUCAGCUAUUUCACGCUCCUGACAGUGGUGUAUCUUUCUGCAUCUGUGUAUGUGGCUGUGAAGCAUAAUGGAUGCAGAAAACCUCCAGAGGAAGCGCCACCCAAGGAACUCAGCAUGCCAGUUGAGGACAGAGGCACAGAGCUGGCUAACUUGGAAGUAUGAGAAAACGGUGGAUGGGGAAGAAAAGAGGAGCUGGCCUACCUGCAUACUCCCAGCUGGGAUGCAACACACAGAACUCCCACGUUAAUCAGCACUUAGAAGCGUCUCAGCUUUCCAGAGUAUCAGGUCACUGCAGAAGGAAAAGGCCUUCCUUGACUUUUGGGCGUGUGCAUCAGCAGCAUGCAACCAGACGACUAGAUUUCCCCCCAGUCUUGGUCAUUGUGCGUGGCAUAGGCUCCUGAGCUCAGGUGAGAUUAUGGAGACAUUUGCCAGUGUUAUGGUUGGUACCUGGUGAUUUUAUGAAUGUAGUUUUAAACACCGAAAAUACUCUGCACGCUUUCCCCUCAGCCUUUAAACGAGUCAACAGCGAGCAAGAUGGAUGCAGGUACUUUUUUAAAAAUAAUAAUAAUACAAUAGUUUUACAUUUUAUAAAACAACCAAUUUGUUACCAGUAGAUAUACUCUGCUGGGAGUUAUGAAUUGCAAUAUUUGUUGGAGCUCAAUUUUCUUAGGAGGAAAGCUUCUUCUCAUAUUUUGCUUUUAAAAGUUAGAGUUAUGCUUAAGAAAACAGGACUGAGAGUAAGACGUCCUCUCAUCCAUUUGGGACAGUGAGUGAGAAGCACAAUGCGCUUUUAACAACCACUUUAGAUCCUCCGGAGGAACAUAAUCCUUGGGAAGUAUACACCUGCAUUUUGUUCUGACUUGUAAAUUCUUGUUCUCUUCCACUUUCCCCACCAAAGACGAUUGAUUUUCAAAUACCUUCACUGUCACAUACUAAUUUAUACUGGACGCAGUAGUAUGCUCAGUGGGCAUUUGAGAGGAAGGUGGGAGUGAUCAGGUCUUUAGCAGAUGACUUUCCAAACUAGCUUGGACUUUUCAUGUGGUUUUGCCUCCAGGGGCCACAAAUCCUUCUAGACCAGUAGGCCAUGGGUGGUAGUCACAGAGUGGCUGCUUAAUAUAAAAUGGUAGCCAUAUGAAAAGGAGCAUGGCCACAAAAAGGUGUAGCUGUGCCCCCCCCCAAUCAGCCCCAUAGGCACUCGAUUGCUCAUGAAAAGCUCUUUUGUGAUGCUGUUCCGUGCAGAAGGGAGGAUGAAAUGUGUGCUGGGAGUACAUUCAAUGUAGAAAGACCAAAUCAGUGCAAACAGUCUAUUAUUGUGCAUCGUGGGCCUGUGAGUGCCACCCUGGCACGUCCUGCCUAAAAGGCACUUUUCCAGUUCUUCUGGAGCAAAUGGAGUCAGGAUUCAGUUCAGGGACAUAGUUGCAAUUCCAUGCAAAUGAACAACAAAUAACAAGAGGAUACUUUCCUUUAUUCAGUGCCUUUAGAAAACAGUUUAUAGAACACAACACACAACUGACAAAGAUAUAGAGAUCCACAGGCUUUUAAAAUUGCAUUAAAAAUUUCACAAAAUACAGUAGACAGUAAUAAACUGAUUGUGUGACUUGCACAGGCUCCCCCGCCCUAUCUGGUAAUAAAAUUUCAGAAAGACAAUCAAUGAAAGCUAGGUAGAAAUUUAGCACCUUGGUUUGUCAAAACAGACUCAAAUGCUCAGACAUUAAUGUGUUUAAAACAGAACUGAUACACAGCAAUCAUCUGCCUGGCCAAGGCUUCUGGCACUGAAGUGGAAGGGCUGUGAUGGGGGGGGGGGGAGAGCUCCUAGAAGCUCAGUCACAGUUAAGCCCAUAAGCAUGACUUCAGUCACUCUGCAUUCAGCACUAAAAUGGCAAAAUACUGCUUGCCUACCUGUGCUUGGGUGACACACACUAACAGACAGUGACUAGUGUGAACUCUAGUCCUUCCCCCUCCUCGAAAAUGUCAGCACGAUGCCAUUCUGCUCUGAUGCAGCAGAAGAAAUGCUGGAAAAUACAGCUAUUACAGGCACGUCCAACAGGUAGAUUGUGAUCUACCGGUAGAUCACUGCCCCCC